AUGGAAUUGCAAGCGGUGUUGAUGGCCGCUGGUGGUGGGUCCCGCAUGAUGGAUCUCACCUACAACACACCGAAACCACUGCUGCCAGUUGGGAACAAACCUCUUAUUUGGUACCCGCUGAACCUACUAGAGAGAGUUGGAUUUGAAGAGGUCAUAGUCAUCACCACAAAGGAGGUGCAAAAGGAGGUGCUGAAGCUGGACGUGAAACUGAAGCUGGAUGUGGUGUGCAUCCAAGAGGAGGCAGACAUGGGCACAGCCGACGCCCUCAGACACAUCCAGCAGAAGAUUAAGACUGACAUCCUGGUGGUGAGCUGCGACCUGAUCACCGACGUGGCCCUGCACGAGGUGGUCGACCUGUUCCGCGCCCACAACGCCACUCUCGCCAUGCUGAUGAGCAAAGUUAACGAAUUCACAGAGACCGUCCCUGGCCAGAAGGGCAAGAAGAAAGCAGGGGAGCAGAGGGAUUUUGUCGGGGUGGACGGUACGGGGAAGAGGCUUCUGUUCAUGGCCAACGAGGCAGACCUGGAGGAUGGCCUGGCCAUCAGGAAAUCCAUCAUGCGCAAGCAUCCCAGAAUGCACAUCAAGACAGGCCUCUUGGAUGCCCACCUGUACUGCCUGAAGAGAUCUGUGGUCGACUUCCUACUAGACAACAAGUCCAUCUCCUCCAUCCGGGGGGAGCUAGUGCCUUACCUGGUCCGGAAACAGUUCUCCAAGUCCAUGAACUCACAGAGGCCCAAAGAUGAUGCCGAUCAGGACCAGAAGAAGAAAGAUCGGAAUGCAAACCUUGACAUCCUUGUGCCCUCUAAAGACGACAGCCUGCUCGAGCUAACACGCGAGCGCUCCUGCUGGAACGACCACCGCGGCGACAUGAGCGAGGCCUACCACGGGGGCAAGCUGCGCUGCUACGUGCACCUCAUGGAGGAGGGCAUGUGCUACCGCGUCAACACCCUCGCCGCCUACAUCGAGGCCAACCGCAUGGCUCCGAAGCUGUUUGAUGACCCUCCCGUCCACCCGUCAGCUGUGGUGGCGGAACGCAGUCUGGUUGGAGCUGACAGUAUAAUUGGAGCCUCCUGUCAGAUAUCCGACAAGACGUCCAUUAAACGCUCAACGAUCGGCGCAUCUACCACAGUCAAGGAGAAGGUUAAGAUAACCAACUCCAUCAUAAUGAAUGGUGUAACCAUUGAGGAGGGGUGUAACAUCCAGGGCAGCGUGAUCUGCAGUAAUGCGGUGAUUGGGCGCAGUGCUGACAUUAAGUACUGUUUGGUGGGGAGCAGCCAGCGUAUAGAGCCAGAGGCCGAAAGAACCAAUGAGGUCAUUGUUGGGAGUGAUCAACUUAUGGAGAUCUAGAACCUUGGCGAAGACGCUUUCUCACAGAAGACCAGAGAGAGACGAUAGCAGAGGGGGGAAGAUCUGGCCUCCUACACCAUUGAUCUUUAUAAUCACAUCCACACACAGUGUCCAAAUAAAUGCCAGCUAUUUAUCUCAAAA